ACUGUAUUUUCUUACAAUCUAACAACGUAAUUGUACAAAAUACGAUUUAAGAACCACAUUUAAUUUUCUUUGCGUUGUUUAUAUUCUAUUUUCCCUUUCCUGUAUUGAUACGGUUUAUUCAUCUCAUUAGCUAUGGAGAACAGCCCCACCGAGGUGCCUCCAUGUGAUACAACGGAGAGUACAGCAACUGCAGAAAUUCCCCACGAAACCGUGGAAGAACUUCCAUACAUUUCCUACGCCGAGUCGCUGGAACUGAAAACCCAGGGCAAUCGUAAGUUUGGCGAAGAGGAUUUCGACGGUGCUCUCCAGGAUUAUACUGUAGCUCUGCACAUUUCCCCGUCUGAAACGGAUUCCUCAGUGUCCAAACAUAAAUCAGUGUUGUUAUCGAACCGAGCAGCCUGUUAUAUUAAGCUGCAGAUCAAGAAGAACUACGACACGGCCAUUGAAGACUGCACGAAAGCAUUGGAACAUGAUGCGGAUAACAUCAAAGCCUUGCUGCGACGCGCCAAACUGCAGGAGCUGACGGAUAAACUGGACGAAGCGCUGGCGGAUUAUAAAACCUUAGCCGAGCGCGAUCCCCGGCUGCCGGGUGUCAUGGAGGCCUGUAUGCGGUUGCCGCAGCAAAUUGAGGAACGCAACGAGAAAAUGAAAACAGAAAUGUUCGGAAAACUCAAGGAUCUGGGCAACAUGUUCCUGAAACCAUUUGGCCUUUCCACGGAGAACUUCCGCAUGGAACCGCAGGAAUCCGGCGGAUAUUCCGUCAAAUUUGAGCCGAAUAAACCCAAUCCUCGGCCGUGAUUUCCAUUUCCGCGGCUUGCAAACAUCUCUUCUUGUAUUUUUAGUCUUUGGUUCUGAUGAUAGCUCGUUCGGUGUUAUUUGUUUUGUAAUUAUUAUUACCAGAAUACACUGUAUAACAUUUCAGAUAAAUUUUUAUUUGUGAUCACGAUGUCUCGAUUACAGCGGGAGAAUAAUAAAAAUAAAGAUUCGUGAAGUC